CCGCAGCUCGGCGUGCGCACCCGCAUAGCUUCACGGCUCGAGCAAUGACCCCAAUUCCAUUCAUUUCCCCCUUUUAACUCAUAUCUGCGAUUCUCGAAUUUUCCAACAAGCACGUGCACCAGGAAGGACACUUUUCCCGCUCCCGCUCCCCCGCGUAAGCGGGUCCCGUGCCCAAAGACGCCGACCGAAGAACGAGCCCGAUCGCUUCACGAAGCCGCACCAUGCUCCCGCAGCGCCGGUCGCAAACAUGAUCCCACGACUGCUCUCCCGGCCGACGCUCCUCUGCCCGCGCUGUAGCUUCGUCAAGGCUCACAGCAGUCCGCGAUGGCUCCCCCAGCGCCCCGUCGCCGCCGUCGCCGCCGCCAUCAACGCGGCGCAGCCCCUCCGAACCUCGGCGGCCGCGCGCCGUGAGCAACCCCCAGUGAAGCCGAGCGCGAUCCUGCCCAAGGCGACGAACGGAUCCCACCCGAGCCCGAAGCCGAAGCCAACGGCCAAGACCGCCGCCAGCGACCCCCUGGCCGGCGUCGACAAGUCCGCCGCCGAGCAGCGCAAGGCCGACUGGGCGAUCAUGCGGGAAAUGUCGCGUUACCUGUGGCCCAAGGGCCAGCUGGGCACCAAGUUCCGCGUGGGCCUGGCCGUCGCGCUGCUGGUCGGUGCCAAGCUGCUCAACGUGCAGGUGCCGUUUUACUUCAAGAGCAUCGUCGACUCCAUGAACAUUGACGUCGCGGCCGUCGGCGGCACGGCCACCGCCAUCGCCGGCAGCCUGAUCGUGGCGUACGGCGCGGCGCGCGUGGGCGCCACCGUCUUCCAGGAGCUGCGCAACGCCGUCUUCGCGUCCGUCGCGCAAAAGGCCAUCCGGAGGGUCGCCUGCAACGUCUUCGACCACCUGCUGCGCCUGGACCUGAGCUUCCACCUGUCCAAGCAGACGGGCGGCCUGACGCGCGCCAUCGACCGCGGCACCAAGGGCAUCAGCUUCCUGCUGACGAGCAUGGUCUUCCACAUCCUGCCCACGGCCCUCGAGAUCAGCAUGGUCUGCGGCAUCCUGACGUGGCAGUACGGCGCCAGGUUCGCCGCCAUCACCGUCCUCACCAUGGUCGGGUACACGGCCUUUACCAUCUGGACCACGGCGUGGCGGACAAAGUUCCGCCGCCAGGCCAACGCCGCCGACAACAAGGCGUCGACGGUCGCCGUCGACUCGCUCAUCAACUACGAGGCCGUCAAGUACUUCAACAACGAAAAGUUCGAGGUGGCCCGCUACGACAAGGCCCUGCGGGCGUACGAGCAGAGCUCCAUCAAGGUCGCCACGUCGCUGGCCUUUCUCAACAGCGGCCAGAACAUCAUCUUCUCGAGCGCCCUGACGGCCAUGAUGUACCUCGCCGCCGACGGCGUGGCCGCCGGCACGCUCACCGUCGGCGACCUCGUCAUGGUGAACCAGCUCGUCUUCCAGCUCUCCGUGCCGCUCAACUUCCUCGGCUCCGUGUACCGCGAGCUGAGGCAGUCGCUGCUCGACAUGGAGACGCUCUUCAACCUGCAAAAGGUCAACGUCACCAUUGCCGAGAAGCCCGGCGCCAAGGCCCUCGCCCUGCCCAAGGGCGGCGAGAUCAAGUUUGAAAACGUCACCUUUGGCUACCACCCGGACCGCCCCAUCCUGCAGAACCUGUCUCUGACGAUCCCCGCGGGCAAAAAGGUCGCCGUCGUCGGCCCGAGCGGCUGCGGCAAGUCGACGCUGCUGCGCCUGCUCUUCCGGUACUACGACGUGCAGGGCGGCCGCAUCCUCAUCGACGACCAGGACGUGCGCGACGUGCAGGUCGACUCGCUGCGCCGCUCCAUCGGCGUGGUGCCGCAGGACACGCCGCUCUUCAACGACACGGUGGAGCACAACAUUCGCUACGGCAACAUGGAGGCCACGCGCGAGCAGGUGGUGGCCGCCGCGCGGCGGGCACGCAUCCACGACAUCAUCCAGCAGUUCCCCGACGGCUACGACACAAAGGUCGGCGAGCGGGGCAUGAUGAUUUCUGGCGGCGAGAAGCAGCGCCUGGCCAUGAGCCGGUUGCUCCUCAAGGACCCGCCCCUGCUCUUCUUCGACGAGGCGACGAGCGCCCUGGACACGCACACGGAGCAGGCCCUCAUGAUCAAUAUCAAUGGCAUCCUGCGCGAAAAAGGCCGCACGAGCGUCUUUGUGGCCCACCGCCUGCGCACCAUUUUCGACGCCGACCUCAUCAUUGUGCUCAAGGAGGGCCACGUGGCCGAGAUGGGCAGCCAUCGGGAGCUGAUUGAUCGCGCGGGCGUGUACUCGGAGCUCUGGAGCGGUGAGUGUCUGUUCUUUGUCUCUGUCUCUAUAUUACCCCCGCCGGCAUGGAUCGUUGAGGUUGCUAACGAUGCACGCAGCGCAAGAAACGCUCUUCAACGAUGACGGAACAGAGAGGGCAGAGAAUGAAGAGAGGGGGGUGGAUCACGGCGCUGUGAAAGGCAACAAGUAACGUGGCAUGUGGACAUCCGCCGGUGUGCUCCGACGGCCCCGGGCCUGGAUAGACUUGCAGCGCCUCACGUGUCUGUGAGGGCUUCCCCAUUGGGAUAUCAAGUGCGAGACGCACGAGUGAUGGUGGAGCAGCUGUCGCCAGGCGUUCCGAUUUGAUGGCCCGAACAGCGAGCCGCGAGCCCUGUUGAGGGGCGGAUGGGACGACGCCUUGCCUCAGCACAAUCACCCAAAAUUCUCUUCGAAUGUAGGGCAUCCGGAUGGAUAUCCGUGCCCAUGGAUGACGAGACGAGGCCCGGUGCUUAGAGUAGACGAGUCUCAGGUCCGCGUGCGGCCCUGCUGAGGGUUGUAAUCAAGUGGAAUCCUUCCCCUCGUCCGUCGUCGGCGCAACUCGGACGCUACCUGGCUCGCGGCGUAGGCUGGACGAAAAUCCCUCUUCCUUGGUAUAUAUACCACCAACUGCCGCCCAACACGAGCAGCCUCCAGGGUCCUCACUCCAGCCAAGGAAACGCGCAGACGCUACGUCGCUUACCGCCUAGCAGCAAGGGCCGUCCGGACGGUGUCCGAUCGUUGGGUGUCCCCGGUUUGUGGGACCGCCUCCAGCACGACAUCCCAAGCUCGUUGGCGUUCCGGCCCGGCACGUAGUCCACGUGCUGCCGGUCUCUUUGUCCUUCACCGUGAUGGUUCACUAGGGCUAGUGUUCCUUGCCAAGCCAGAGAUUCAAGACGGACAAGAUUGGGUAGUGCUGGGAAGCGAGGUUUUUUUCUUUCUGUUCCUUGUUGUCUGAUGGGCGAUGGGGAGGAUCUUAACGGGGAGGCCUGCAGCCCGUGAUGGGGGUGUGGAUGAUCUGAUUAGAUUAGAUUAUCGCCCUGAUUCGUGGAACCGCAACACCGCGCCCAACGUUGCCCCGUUCUUCAGGGACCGGUCUCGCCGCUAACGUGGACGGCAUGGGUCCGGGAUACCCAGUGGCCUAUUGAGCCUGCCGGAGCGGCGGCGCACCGACGUGGCGACCCGGUGAUCCACGCCCGGGUGAGAUUUUGGUGCCGCGAGACUACUCUGUAGGUAUGCGGUAGCAAGGUCGCUAGGUAGGCAAGCAAGCAAGUAUGCUCGCCGUGUUGUUGCCGCGGAUCAGUGGGAAAGGA